AUGGGCCGGCGAGCGGCCCUCUUGCUCGCUGGUCUGGCCUGGCCUGCUCCGCUUGCGCGCAAGCUGGAGCUGCUGGGGCUGCUGGUUGCUACUGCUGAUAAUUCACUCAUUCGCUCGCUCGCACACGCACGCGCGCGCGCGCCGUCACCGCGCCGUGAUGCCGCCUACCUGCCUGCCUGCCUGUCUGUUACUGCCCCCGUGCAGCGCAGACUCGCCAUCCAGCUUCCCUCCCCCUACCUAGCUCCCUCCCUCCCCCCUCAUCUGCCCUUCUCAGAGCGCACGCGCAAGCCCAAUCCCAAUUCCACCGCGCCGCACGCGCCGCACGUGCCGCAUUAUCACGCCCAUCAAACCCUCAUCACGCACCCCUACCCUCAAAACAAAGAGAGAUAG